AUGUGGCAGCCACGUCACGGACACGGCAGUCAACCGGCUCCGUCACCCUGUUCCUUCACCACAGAGGGAUGCACCGUUGGGUCGUCCACUGAUGUGAGCCCACGGACAGCAGAGGAUCGGUUUAUUGGCGUAGCCGACUACAAGGAAUUCCUGCGUGAUCCGCUCGCCGUGCUGCAGCACAAUUCCAAAGAUCUUACGGAGGCGCGCUAUCGGCGGACGCUGGAAUCCUGUAUGGGGCUAACGGGGACUGGCCACAUGCUUUCUCACGGUGGGGACUACUUUCGGUUAACGCGUUCUCGUGAAGGUGAUCCCGAUGGUUCUUUUUCCCCAGCGCAUGGUAUUGUAGACUCAACUCUUACCCUAUCGUCACAGCCGUUUUCUCUGACGUCUGCGCUAAUUUCGGCACCAUCGUCACCGCCAAGUCGAGGAAGGCAUCCUCCCAUUUUGCAGGAGCGUGAACGAUGUUUCGUGGAUUCAGAGGGUAUGCGUCAACGGUCGGAAACCUCAAGAAUGUCUCUCACCCGCCACUCGUCGUUGAUGGGUUCACCUUCCAGCACUCCAACGAGGAGGUUGGGUGGAGUGAUGAGUUCCAAUGCGGGAUUUGCACCGGCCCCGCUGAUGGGUGUGUUGCCCGCUGAUCACCGAGAAGGAUGUCAUACACCUGUUCGCCCUCCGCGGGAAAGCGCUGUGACACCUGCAACUGUUCCCGUACGCGGGAUGGGUUAUUUGCAUUCAACAACCCAUUGUUCUACGUUUUCUGUUGGAAGUACAAUCUCGGUGCCACCCAUGGAGGGACCUCAUUCUCCUAUUGUGCACCGCGAGAGCCGGAGCGCCACCCCACGAGCUUCCUCAUUGUGCGGUGAUGCGCAUCGGAUGACUCCCGUCACGACUCUGCGCACUCCUGUUCUCGGUCCCCGGCAGUCAGUCGCGGAUCCGCCGGUACUCCGUACGCCCGUUGUACAUGAAAGUGACCUCGCCUGCACACCCGCCUUCAGUGCGCAGAUGAGUGGUUUCGGGGCGUCGGUGAAAGGCAGUCCGCUACUCCGACGAGGCGCAUUGUACUCGCAGCAUCCGACCCCACGGCGGCAGGUGGAAACAUAUGAGAAAGUCCUUGAUGCUCAUGGCCUUCCGUCGUGUGAUUCGCAAGGACAUUCCAACUUUAGUCCACUGUGUUGGGGAUAUGCGGGCGCCGUAAUUGCGCUGCAGAACAGGGUUUACGUCUGGCAUGGACCUGAUAGGACACAACUAAUUUUUGAGGCUCCACAGACGUGCGGUGUGGUGAGUGCGGUUGCCUCGUCACGACAGGCGACCGACAGUGGGGACGUGUACAUAGCAUACGGAAUGGAAAAUGGUUGGAUAGUGGUGAGCCGCUGCCCUGUUUGGGGGGAUGUCGCGCCACUUCCGCGUUGUGGAAGUGGGGAGGGACCGGGCAGGCGAGGGGAUGUAAUGUUUGCUCGGGCAGUGCAAGUAGUUAUCAGGGAUCACACAAAUCACGUGAGCACGUUGCAAGUUGUUGGGCAUACACUGUACGCGGGGUCCAUGGCCGGCACGCUAACCCUUCAUAACCUUUGCGAUUGGUCGGUGGAGUGGUACACUGCCCUGCAUCUUCCCCCUGGGAGUGGUUCGUGGAAACCUCAGUGUGUUGUGAAUGUAGGAGCGCCAAUUUACAGGUUAGAAGUUACUCCAGAUGAAGAGCACAUUGCUGUUGGGACAAAUAACAGUCUUCUUCUGUACCAAACGAGCCGUAUGGGGCCUGAUGACCGCUCAAAGCGACGAACGAUUUGGGCGAACGCCCCUCAUCCAGUGCGAGCAUUCUGCUGGUGGGGUUUUCCAUUCAGCGAUUUCAGCAGCGUGGCAUCAGAUGGGCAUCGCGGCAAGCACGGAAGUUUUUUUCAAUCUGUCCUUCUCUACGGCGGUGGCGCAGACGGAUCUGUUCUGUCUGUUUAUUCGGUGGGCAGCCGAUCGGAGAAGGCAGCGCACCCCCUCGCCGCUCCAAUCCUUGGCAUUGUCAGCAGUGAAACGUCCGAUGAGAUAUUAAUAUCUCUUGCCCCUGCAGGUUCCGGUCAAAACACAGUCGUGGCUCUACGACAAUCACCAGCGAAUGGUGGGCAUCUUGGCACGGCAGAGAAUGAUGGUGAUGGCUCAGGUUUUGUUGCUAGUGGUGUGUGGGAUACGCCUGACAACUCCAGUGAUGAGGAAGAUACGCGGUAUGUGACAUAUGUUGAUCGUCAUCACCCGUUUGGUGGCGUUGGUGCUAACGGCGGUACAACCAAUAAUACCACUGCCACUAGUGGAAGCAACUACAGCGCAAGCAACACCACUGCUAGUGUCACUCCCAAUACCGUUACCAGUCGAGUUGAUGGUUUCCCACCUCUUCCAACUGUCGGGCAAUCCCGUGCCCCCGUGAAGGUCGCGGAAUUGCUCCAAAUGUAUCAAUUAAAAGAAGACGGUGAAGUGCUGGAACGGCUGAGUGGUUAUGGUGGCCUGCGAGAUGGUCCUAUUUAUUUGGCGCUUUCCCCCGAUAACACCCAGUUGGCAACGGCAGGACCUGAAUCAAUGAUACGAAUGUGGCGUGCCUUUCAAACCAAAGCGCCGUCUCAUGUGGACCCGUGCCAGUUUCGCUGA